AUGUAUGACACUUCCCACUCCGCCCCAAUGAAUGGAGUCGCGGGUGAUCUUGUCGAUGGGUCGGGCACUAUCAAUCCCGCUGCCUUGAAUAAUGCCUCCAUCGCUCUUCACACGCCUGCAGAAUCUUCAAAUAUAGUCCCUCGGGGGAUCAAGCGCAGUCGGAGCCCGGAAUUCAAUGCACUUACAGAUGGAGACCAUGAUGAUGGAACCGAUGAGCACGCUCGUCGGAAACGAGGGCGUCCUCCAAAAAUUCAACAACGGCCAUCUACUGCUGAUCAAGCUUCGUCCUCUACACCAGCCGCUUCAGGUGUCCAACUCCAAACGCCGCGCAUGCAGCCACAACCGCUUCCGCCGGUGGGCGCCGCCGUGUCACCACCGCAGGCUUCGCCUUCGGAGAAGACCACUCCAUCUAAGGCCACUGUGAUCAAGGCACUUCCGACCGUUCGCGACCACACCACGGACCAACUCGAUGAGCAGGGGGACGAAUACAUCCCCAAGGAGUUCGACGAUGCCGGUGAGAAAAAAGUGGAUGCCAUGGGUUAUCCCCAAGGCGGUCGGGAAUACAAAUGCCGAACCUUCCGCGUCGCUCCUCGCGGCAAGAAACUCUUCAUGCUUGCGACCGAAUGUGCGCGUGUCCUGGGAUAUCGCGACUCAUAUCUCUUGUUCAACAAAAAUCGUUCGCUACAUAAAAUUAUCGCGACGCAGGUGGAAAAGGAUGACAUGAUCCAGCAGGACAUCCUGCCAUACUCGUAUCGAUCCCGCCAGAUCGCCAUUGUUUCAGCCAGGUCCAUGUUCCGCCAGUUCGGCAGCCGAGUCAUUGUCAACGGACGAAGAGUACGCGACGACUACUGGGAGAGCAAGGCUCGGAAACAAGGAUUCACUGAGGAAGAUUUGGCCGGAGAAAAGCGACCAGGUGCCGCCAGGCGUGACGCGGCUGCUGCGGCCGAGGCUGCGAACGCCAAUCUAUUACCAACCCUAACCCACGGCGACGUGAUUUACAGCAACGCGCUCGAGGGGAUGCCCCUGCCCGGUGCGCCGUCCGUCUCCCUUUCGCAGCUUCCGAUCUUCAAUAUGACCACCACCGACGACCCUCGACUGCGCGAGUACAACAGUAUGCCGCGUGCGCGCCAGGAGGUUACCGGCCAUACCUACCAGGAUCGUAGCCAGCCCAGUUCGGCGGCGGACAUUCUGAAUCAGGCGUCGCAUACAGCGGAUUUUAAUAAAAUCUUGACCUCGCAGCGUGGAUUUCGCCAAAGGGGCCUGGAGGAUUUUUAUGCCAAGCAGCGUGAGGCAGCAGCAGAAGCAGCGCAGUCGCAGCCCGGGCAGCUCGACGUGGGCCAGCAGUCGACAUCACAAUCUCUACAGACCACUCAGAUUGCCGCGGGAGGAAUGGCGAAUUCGUCCGCGCCGCAGCCUGUCAUGUCUCAUCAAAGUGCCAUGAUGGGCGGUAGUCAGUCCGGUUUCCAUCCGCCAUCGCACCCGCAAGCGGCGAUCGCCCCAUCGCCUGCAGUACGAGCCAUGCCACCAGGCAUGCGACCAGAGCUGAUGCAGCGACCGGCUGCCCUGCCAACGCAGACGCCUCCCUAUGGAUAUCCGUCGCAGCCGCAACAAAUGUGGGGUCAGCCACCUCAACCACAGCCAUCACCGUUGUCUAGCACGCCGGUCGCCGGCAUGCCCCAGUACGCGCACCUCCACGCUGCACCACAACACUCGCCAUCGCCUCUGCCGCACAAUGUUCAGCAACCGCAUCCUUCGCAAUCACCUCGCAACCAACCUCGUCCGUCCGUACCCUCGAUGUCGCAACCAUUUCCUAUUCAUCACCCCCAGGCAGCGCAGCAGACACCUAUGGCGGCAUCCAUGGGAUUUCCCGGGGCUACGGCUGCCCCAUAUCCCGCCAUGGCUCGAGCCAUGUAUCCCGCCACUCAAGGCGGGGGUCAACCCUUCAUGACCGGAACACCGCAACCUGGACUCGCCAUGAGCAUGAGUGCGGGAGGUGCUGUCCCCGGCUGGCCAUCAGCUGCUGGUGGGACGCUCCAAUCCGGACCCCCCCAACCGGGUCAGUCCGGAAGUCCCAUGGGAUGGUCGGGUUACUGA